UUAUUAUUAUUAACGUAAUGAUAGUCGUUUAAAUUACAAUUUUAUAAGAGAUAUUUUACGUAAAAACAUACGUAUUAUUAUAUUAAAACGUAACAAAAAUGAUCUUCAUUAAUAUCAUGCAAAGUACUCUUCGUCCGCUUCGAAGUUUAAAAAAUCUUCAAACAAUUAACACACAGUCAAAUGUAACGAGGACAUACGCAAAGUGGAUGAGUCGAAGACCAACUAAAAUUGUUAACGAAGAUGAACUGUUCGAAGCCCAGGAUACUACCGAGGUUAGUACCAAAAAAAAAUUCGUUCGAAACAGAGCGAUUUCUAAUAGAAAAUCGAACAGAAGGAAGACAACAGAAGAAACACCGGUAGAGUCUAAAAAAACUUCUACAACCAAGGAAACAAAAAGCUCACCGCUCACAGUUCUUAAAUUAAACGAGAAAGUUGUAUCAUCUUUAAUGACUAACAUUAAGUCUCGAAAGAAAAGGGAAAAGAAUAACGAGAUAGUUUUGGAAGGACGUAGAUUAAUUGAAGAGGGGCUCAGAGCCGGUGGAAAACCAAUUGCAAUAUUAUAUAAUAAUCCAGCAGAUAUAGAUUCAUUCAAAUUUCCUGGAGAUGUAAAAUUGUAUAAAGUUCCAUAUAACACGAUUCAACUCUGGUCUAGUUUAACUUCUUCUCCUGGACUAAUAGGAAUUUUUCAAACUCCAGAUACAAAUAAAGAUCCUGCGAACAACGCAUUGCCGCUUACUAUUAUAUGUGACAAUGUGAGAGAACCAGGAAAUUUAGGAUCUAUUAUGAGAGCUGCAGCAGGUGUAGGUUGCGAGAGAUUAAUAUUAAUGAAAGGUUGUGUAGAUCUGUGGGAUCCAAAAGUUCUUAGAAGCGCAGCUGGAGCUCAUUUUCGAUUGCCUAUUAAUGCGUUUCCGAUGUGGGACGAGAUUCCAUCGUUGAUCGGCGAAGGCUCGAAUAUUAUUUUGGCAGAUAGUAACUUUGGUGACGAAUUUAUAUCAAAAUAUAGCGAGGAUGUACUUGAAAUGAGUCUAGGGGUAUUCGGAACUGAUCCAGAAGAACUCAGAGCAAGUGUUAUCAUCGACGAUAAUAUCACGGAUAAAAGCACAAACUCACCACCAACAAUUCCAACUAAUAAGCAAAUGAUGAAAAAUUUUUUGUUGAAACUACCUAUCGUACCAUACUAUGCUCUGGAUUAUACAAGAAACGAAACUGUACUUGUCUUGAGCGGAGAAACCGAGGGUUUUAGUUUAGAUUCAUAUAAAUUAUUAAAGGAACGAAAGGGCAUUCGUAUUAACAUACCUUUAGUAAACGGAGUUGAUAGUUUAAAUACAGGAGUGGCUCUUGGUAUUGUCACCUUCGAAAUAAAAAGACAAUUUGUAAAAAAAAGAAGUGAACCUUAA